GACGAGAGUUGAUAAAUGCAAAAAACUGACUCAAACUUUAUAAUUACAAAAAAGAAUACAAAAGAAAGAGUAGUGUGUACUCUCUCAGGUAAUCUAAGACCAAAUCAACUCAGACCAUGUUUUUUGUUUGUUCCAUCAAAAAGAGUCUUGCGUGUAACCACCUCUUACCUCUUUUUCUACUACAAACUCUCACGUAAUCUAAUACACUUUCCCUCCCUCUACUCCUUACAAACUCUUGAGUGGGCCAUGGAUCGACAAACCGGACGGCACGACUCCUCUGCGGCGGUUCAGCCGGAUGCAGCCGUUUUGGUGGCGGUGCAUGACGGCGACACCAUCAUUAACAAUGACACAAAGGAUACUAGCCGAUGGGGGACCUUGGUCCUUGCAUACAAGACCUUAGGAGUUGUUUUUGGGGGUCUUGUCACGUCUCCACUCUAUGUAUAUCCAUCAAUGCCGUUAAAGUCUCCUACUGAGGAUGAUUAUUUGGGGAUCUACAGCAUAAUGUUUUGGACUCUCAGUCUAAUUGGUGUUGUCAAAUAUGCUACCAUAGCUCUCAAAGCUGAUGAUCAGGGCGAAGGUGGAACAUUUGCUCUUUAUUCAUUACUCUGCAGGAAUAUAAAUAUUGGGAUUCUUUCUUCCAAGAAUGCCAGUUUGAAUACAAGCCAUUCCUAUGUUAAUCAAUCAAAAAAGCCAAGUAGGUUGGGUAAAUUUUGUGAGAGGAGUUUGAUUGCCAGAAGGGUACUGCUUUUCAUUGCAAUGUUGGGUAUGUGCAUGCUAAUUGGUGAUGGCAUACUUACACCUGCCAUCUCAGUGUUGUCUGCAAUGGAUGGCUUAAGAGCGCGUUUUCCCUCAGUCAGUAAAUCGUUGGUCGAAACUCUCUCAGCAAUCGUUCUCAUUGUUCUAUUCCUCCUGCAGAAAUUUGGUACUUCACGAGUGAGUUUCCUGUUCUCUCCUAUCAUGGGUGCAUGGACUCUUACCACUCCUCUCGUUGGGAUAUACAGUAUCAUAAAGCAUUAUCCGAGCAUAUUCAAGGCAAUAUCUCCCCAUUACAUAGUUCUCUUCUUACGAAAUGGAAAGCAAGGAUGGAUAUAUCUUGGUGGAACUGUCCUCUGCAUUACAGGUUCUGAAGCAAUGUUUGCUGAUCUUGGUCAUUUCAACAGGAGUUCAAUUCGGAUAGCGUUUUUCUUUACUAUAUAUCCAUCAUUAGUGCUGACAUAUGCGGGCCAGACGGCAUAUCUGAUCAGAAAUCCUGAUGACCAUUUUGAUGGAUUUUACAAGUUUAUACCAUCUGCUGUGUACUGGCCAAUUUUUGUUAUAGCCACAUUAGCUGCAAUAGUUGCAAGUCAAUCGCUGAUUUCAGCCACCUUUUCUGUUAUUAAGCAAUCAGUUGUGUUGGAUUAUUUUCCUCGGGUGAAGGUAGUUCACACAUCCUCCAGCAAAGAAGGCGAGGUUUACUCACCAGAAGUUAACUACAUCCUUAUGAUUCUCUGUGUUGCAGUCAUACUAAUUUUUGGAGAUGGUCAAGACAUCGGGAAUGCCUUUGGUGUUGUUGUUAGCAUGGUUAUGCUUAUAACCACUAUAUUGUUGACACUGGUUAUGAUCAUUAUAUGGAGAACUCCACUUGCUCUGGUCGCACUGUACUUCAUCGUGUUUUUUGUGAUUGAAAGUGUAUAUGUCAGUGCAAUCUUCACAAAAAUUCCAGAAGGUGGUUGGAUUCCUUUUGCCAUCUCUCUCAUCCUUGCUUUCAUUAUGUUUGGAUGGUUCUAUGGCAGGCAGAGAAAACUUCAGUACGAAUUGACACACAAGAUAGACUCGGCGAGACUAAGGACACUGCUAAUGGAUCCAGGUCUUCAGAGAGUUCCCGGACUCUGCUUCUUCUACACAAAUAUCCAAGAUGGUUUAACCCCAAUUUUAGGUCAUUACAUAAAGAACAUGAGAUCUCUUCACAAAGUUACUGUAUUUACAACUCUUCGGUACUUGCUGGUUCCUAAAGUAGCACCAGGUGAAAGGAUUGUUGUUAGUAAACUAGGUCUCAGUGGGGUUUAUAGAUGUGUGAUUCGGUAUGGUUAUGCAGAUAAGCUUAGUCUUGAAGGGGAUGAUUUGGUUAAUCAAGUUAUUGAGAGUUUACGGGCUCAUGUGCUCCACUGUUCCAACCACAACUCAACAGAGGAGUCAGACGAAAUUUCUGAGUUGGAAGAGGCAAAGCUUGCUGGAGUGGUCCAUAUUCGUGGAAAGACAAGGUUUUAUAUUGGUAAGCACUGUGGCUGGUUUGAUAGAACAAUGCUUGCUUUCUAUGAAGUUUUGCACAGCAACUGUAGAUCUGCACUGCCUGCUAUGGGUGUACCAUUACCUCAACGUAUCGAGGUUGGAAUGCUCUACGAGGCUUGACAAUCUGACAUGUUCUUGUUUAACUACUAGGCACUGAAAAAGUUCCAUGAAGAUUAAUCACAACAAUAACAGGUAGGAUCAAUAUUGAUGCUUUCAAAAUAUUGAUCUAACCUAGUUUCAAUACAUUUAUCUUUCAGUUUUCAAAAGUUAAGAAGAUGUACAUUUUAGUGGGAAAUAGGCAUGUGUUAGGAAACCUCAUGUGUGAAUGAGGCAUGUUGUAGUUGAUAUACUUUAGUAGCUUACAAAGCAAUUGCCAAAAGCUAUGGAGAUUCAGUACAGAAGCUGAAAAUAUUGUUUA